AUGACCAUCAAAGCCUGGUUUGACGUCGAAUACACCGACGCUGCUCUUGACCGAGCUCGCACCGAUGCUCAACGCUCGGGAGGCGAGGUUCCUCCUCCCAAGAGAGCCCGCAUCAACUUCAACCUCUUCGACGAUGUAGUCCCGCGUACCGCUGAGAACUUCCGCGCUCUCUGCACCGGCGAGAAGGGCUUCGGCUACAAGGGCAGCAAGUUCCACCGAAUCAUCCCUCAAUUCAUGUUGCAGGGUGGUGAUUUCACUCGAGGCAACGGUACCGGCGGCAAGUCCAUCUAUGGCGAGAAGUUCGCCGACGAGAACUUCAAGCUGCAACACACCAAGCCCGGUCUGCUGUCCAUGGCCAAUGCUGGUCCUAACACCAACGGAUCCCAGUUCUUCAUCACCACCGUCGUCACUUCCUGGUUGGAUGGCAAGCACGUCGUCUUCGGUGAGGUCGCCGACGCCGAGAGUAUGAAGGUCGUCAAGGAACUCGAGUCGACUGGCUCUGGCACUGGUCAGGUCAAACUGAACUUCAAGCCAACCAUCGUCGACAGCGGUGCCAACUAA